UUGUAAUGUACAUAUUGCUCUAAUCUUCUUGUGAGUUCUGUAAAAUGAAAAUUUCACUGCCCCUCCUCCUUGGAUCUUCAUCGCCAUAUUCGUCGAUAUUGACUGGCGAAUUUCCUAGAAUUGCUUCCAUCUUUGGCCACCCCCAAUUGGAUGACUGAUGAUGGAACGACGUUUGCUAGACAGCCGACCGGCUUGAGUGGGCGUUUUAUUACCUGCACAAAAAUGUAUGGUUUGAGCAGAACUGUCAGACGGUUUUAUAGUUACCCACCACAACAAAAUCAAAUAAGGUGUUGUGUUGACAUGACGCGGGUUCAACUGAGUUCGCACUCCACAUGAAUAUAAGCUGGGCCCCUGGACUGUACAGGCGACGGACGUUGCGGACGAGGUAUGGUCAUGUUCCUUUAAAAUGUUAGAGAAAAUCUAUUACAUCAGUGGUGCUUUGAAUUUUGAUAAUUAAAGGCACUAGUAGGCAUACUUAACUUGUGUCAUGUGAACCCCAAUAUUAAAUAAAUCAUGUUGUUAUUGCGACCAGAUGACAGAGUUCAAAGAUGUCGCAAAAUGCCCCCUAGAUACAUGUGUAGACAUCAGUUUAUAUUGCUUAUAAUCAAACUAAUAAUGUAUGGACCAGGAUCAAUGAUGUAGAAGGUGGAUGUGGAAAGAUUCUCUUCAGGUUUUUAUUGCUAAUGUUAUUUUGGUUCUUAUUGUGUCAACUUUCUUGAGCAUUUUGCCCUCAAAACCAUCCAGUGCAUUUUUUUUUCAGUUUUCGCACACACCCCUUCCGAAAUAUCCAUCCUGUAUCACACCUAUUUCCACUGCGGCCCAUGACAGAGGUUCAUGUGAUGGGUGUCCUGAGAAGUUUGCAUUGGUGAGGACAUAGACGUUGUUACUGCACAAUGUCUGACAACCACAACCAGCUGCAGGUGCACACCCCCGUGGGGGAAGUGGAACAUACUCACGUAUUGUCAGAACACAUCGGCGCACUGUUCCUGAAUGAUGAGUACAGUGAUGUCACGUUCCUCGUGGAGGACAAGAAGUUCCCGGCACAUCGCAUCAUUCUGGCUGCCAGGUGUGAAUACUUCAGAGCCCUGUUGUUUGGAGGUAUGAGAGAGUCAAAGCCAGGCACUGGUGAGAUCCCCCUCCCCGAGACAUCUGCCAUCGCCUUCCAGGCCCUGCUCAGAUACAUCUACACUGGCAAAAUCAACCUGGCAGAUCUUAAGGAAGAGAACAUCCUGGAUGUCCUCGGUCUGGCACACAAGUACGGCUUCCUUGAACUGGAGGCCUCCAUCUCGGACUACCUCCGUGCCAUCCUGAACAUCCGUAAUGUAUGCAUGGUGUAUGACGUGGCCACCCUCUACUCCCUAUUGUCCCUGUGCCACACCUGUUGUGAGUUCAUGGAUAAGAACGCACUGGAGGUGCUGAACAGUGAUGGUUUCCUAACUCUCUCUCAUGAUGCCUUGAAGGAGAUCAUAAGCAGAGAUUCCUUCUGCGCUCCGGAGAAAGACAUCUUUGCUGCCACCCUUCGCUGGUCUGAAGAAGAGCCGAAUAAAAACGAGGAUGUGCGCCAGAUUGUGAAGUCCAUCCGGCUCCCCCUAAUGAGCCUGGCAGAGCUGCUGAACGUGGUCCGGCCCACCAACCUGGUCGAACCCGACAACAUUCUGGACGCCAUCAAAACCAGGUCAGAGAGCCGCGACAUGGACCUCAACUACAGGGGCUUCCUCACCCCCGAGGAGAACAUUGCGACCUUGAGACAUGGGGCUUCGGUCAUCAAGGGCGAGAUGAAGGCUGCGCUGCUGGAUGGGGACUGCACGAACUACGACCUAGACAGAGGCUUCACCAGACACCCCAUUGAGGAGAACAACGGUGGGGUUGUAGUGAAGCUGGGCCAGCCAAGCAUCAUCAACACCAUCCGCCUGUUGCUAUGGGACAGGGACACCAGGUCCUACUCAUAUUACCUGGAGGUGUCCAUGGAUGAGAAGGACUGGCUGCGGGUUGUGGACCACUCUCGCUACUUGUGCCGCUCCUGGCAGACACUACACUUCCCCACCAGAGUCAUCAAGUAUGUGAGAAUAGUGGGAGUGCACAACACUGUGAACAAGGUGUUCCACUUGGUGUCCUUUGAGUGCUUGUAUACCAACAAACCUUUCCAGUUAGAGAAGGGACUACUGGUCCCUUCAGAGAACGUAGCAACGACCCAGCACAGUGCCAGUGUGAUCGAGGGCGUGAGUCGCAGUCGCAACGCUCUGCUGAAUGGAGACACGAAGAACUACGACUGGGACUCGGGGUACACGUGUCACCAACUGGGCAGCGGCGCUAUCGUGGUGCAGCUGGCACAACCCUUCAUCGUCGGCUCCAUGAGGUUGUUACUGUGGGACUGUGAUGACCGUAGCUACAGUUACUACAUAGAAGUAUCUACAGACCAGCAACACUGGGAACUGGUGUGUGACAAGACCAGGGAGGCAUGCAGAUCCUGGCAGACAAUAUUCUUUGAGAAGAGACCUGUCACCUUUAUACGGAUAGUUGGGACCCACAAUACUGCAAAUGAGGUUUUCCACUGUGUCCAUUUUGAGUGCCCAGCCAACCCUAACAGCCCUGCACCCUCGGACGAUGGUUCUUCAGACAGCAGCUCGGUGCAGGGGGCCAUGGGUGGGCCGCCCCCCGCUCUGGACGGCUCCUUCCAUGCCCAGUACAACAUAUGACAGGGCCGGUAUAGGGGCUUGUAUUAUAGUCGUGGUUUUGUAUGCUGUGUGGGGUGGUUAAAUGUAGAAGAGAGGUCUGCCUGUAUGAGAUUUCAGCGUGUUUGUGUACAGCAAUCAAGAGAGGAAUGUGUCUCCUUUAAGAAGUGGAUCCAUAAAAGCCGGCAAUGUUUAGAUUGUAUACUAGUAAGAAUAUUUAUUGGGUAUUUAUGUCAGUGUACCCUUCAUUCAAUUCAAAAGAAAUGUUAUUCUUGUAAUUUUGUUGACUUUUGUAAAUGAGAAAUUGCUUCACUUAGUUGUAAAUGUGUAGAUAUACCAAAUUAAUGUAUCUAAAAUAUUCUAUAUACCUUCUGUAAGUUGAACUUGAAUUUUUGUAAUUUUGGAAUCAUGAUUAUAAGAUUGGUGAAUAUGAAAGAAAUGAAUUUUAAAAUUAGAAAAAGUUUAAAGAGAGGACCAAGUCUGUCAGGUUUUGCAAGAUUAUGUAUAGCUCUUGAUUUUAUUUCCUUAAAUAAUUUCACUCUUUUCACACCAAAGGUAUUUGUCCCUCUUUAUGCAUACUUAUGAGAAACAAAUCCAUAGCAAGUAUUGGAAUUGACACAGGUCACUUUUUUUAGGAAAUUGGACAGUUUCAUUAAGUUGAUGACUGUACCGUAGAAUUUCAUAUAUAAUCUGAAAGGAGAUAUUGUAUGAUAUUAGAUAUCAUGAUGUCUAUUUCUGUCAUAUUUUUGACAGUUUAAAUUCAAGUUUCUGAACCAGUGUUAUACGUAAUUGCCAAUACAACCUCAAAUUAUCAAAUCUGUGCUAAACCUUACAUGAGCAAGUAUUACAUGAGAGAAUUUUUUUGGAUGAGGGAAAAUUGCAAUGAAGUCCUCUGUUGUUUUUUAAUUGAGUCGCAUUGUAAGACUCUUUUCUUUGUUCCUGUAUGUGAUGGAAAUGGAAAGUUGCUUUUGGUACCCAGCAAUUUUCUUUGUCUUAUCUGUCAAACUCUACGAAAUUCCAAGAAAUAAUGAUAUUUUGGCCAAUAUAUGCCUGAAGUAAAAGGCUACUGUCAAUCCAAAAGAUGAUAGAUUAUUCAGACAGGAGUCAUGGAUAUGUGGACCACUGCAGAUCAAAUCCUGGCAUGUUGGUAUGAUGUAAUCAUAAAAAGAGGCUGCAAUCAGCAUAGUUGGCCCACUGAUUUUGUAUACAUUUCUUCUAUAUUGGUACAUUUAUAAGGCAUAUUUUUAGUGUUAAAAUGUUUCUUAGGGCCCAAUGUUAAACCUUCAGUGUUUGUACGGUUUAAGUCUGAAGUGACAAAUGUUCAACUAAAAAGAGCGACUCUGCAAAAGCUUUUGGACUCUGCUUCCUGCCAACUCAUGUAUGAUGAAGUCUGUUGCAUGUAGAGUUCUUUGCUGUACGAUAGAUUUUACUGGCCGAACUAGAAAUCAUGAUAACAAAUUACAACAGUGUUACAGAUGUGUAUGAAUGGUUGAUAUUGUUGACAAAAUAAGUGCAAAGAAAAACUGUAUGGUCAGUGUUCAAAUGGCAUAUUGCUAUUGCAGUAAUUAGUCAAGGAUCCAAGGUACAUAAUGAGUUUGUGUAACAAAAUACACAAUGUGAGACAAAAAUGUCACACCAACUUGAUUAGCUGUCUUUCAGUGGACAAAACAAAAGAACAACAAGUAAGAAAAAUGUUGCAGUAGUCUGUGUUACCAAUCUGGACUUUAUCCCACUUCUUGCCAAGUCCAACAUAACAUUUGAAAGACAAGGACCUUUUUUAACCUCCCUGCUACCUUACCCUGUAACUGAACCAGACCUGGCACCAAAAGGCUGCCUUGACAAGGAGAAGGUUAAGGAGGGCCUUGUCCGGAUCCUGAUUGACAGCUAUGGAGAGUGUUGAAGUAUGUGGUGUGAAUAAUUAACAACCCUUUCACAGCAUACCUUUGAUGUGUACUGAUGAUGAGAUGGUGCACUGUCAGGAGCUUAACUCUGAAGCUUCCCUGAAACUUUACAGAAACUCAAUGACAGCAUCUAUUUUUUAUGUUCGUUUGUUGCUAAUGCUGCUUUAUAGCCGGGUGUCAUGGACAAAGAUGUAUAUAAUAAAUUUAUGAUUAGACU